GAUUAACGCUGUCUUGUCAUCCAAUGUAUAGAUCCCUAAUAGCAAUUGCUCCCAAUAUAACCAGCAAAUUCCAGCAAAGGCUAUCCUCUCCAUUCAUCCGCCGUCUAUCAACCGCAGCCAUGGGGAAAGCGAAUACAACGGAUAAGCUUACCAAGCUUAGAGCUCUGAUGAAGGAGCACAACGUUCAAAUAUAUGUUGUACCCUCAGAAGAUAGCCACAGUUCCGAAUACAUUGCCUCCUGCGACGCUCGACGCGAAUUUAUCAGCGGCUUCACUGGCUCUGCCGGUUGCGCAGUCAUCACGGAAACUGCUGCCGCCCUUGCGACGGAUGGCCGUUACUUCAACCAGGCCGCCCAACAACUGGACGACAACUGGACGCUGUUGAAGCAGGGACUUCAAGAUGUCCCUACGUGGCAAGAGUGGGCAGCUGAGCAAUCCGCCGGAGGCAAGACGGUUGCCGUCGACUCGACCUUGCUCACGGGCUCUGCAGCGAAGAAGUUGGCAGAGAAAAUCCGCAAAAGCGGCGGGUCCGAUCUGGUCCCCCUUGACGUCAACUUGGUGGAUGCAGUCUGGGGCGCAGAGAGGCCUGCGCGGCCUCAGCAGCGCAUCACCGUGCUCUCUGAGAAAUUCGCUGGCAAAUCAGUACAGAGCAAGCUAGCUGACCUCAUCUCUGAGCUCGAGAAGAAGAAAUCGCCCGGCGUGUUCAUUUCAAUGCUUGAUGAAGUCGCUUGGCUAUUCAACUUGCGCGGCAAUGACAUCCCUUACAAUCCAGUCUUCUUCUCAUACGCUGUUAUCACGCCAAAGGGAGCGGCGCUAUACGUGGACGAGUCUAAGCUGGAUGAGGAGUGCCGUGAGCAUUUGGCUAAAUUCAAUGUUGCCAUCAAGCCAUACGAGGCCUUCUUUCGCGAUGCGGAACAGCUUCACCAGCAAUUCGUCGCCUCUGCUCAGGGCGAGGAGGGUGGCAACACAGGCAGCUUCCUCAUGUCUAAUAAGGGUUCUUGGGCCUUGAAGAGGGCACUGGGUGGAGACACAGCAGUUGAAGAGAUCCGCAGCCCUGUUGGGGAUGCCAAAGCCAUCAAGAACGAAACUGAAAUGGAGGGAAUGCGAGCGUGCCAUAUCCGAGACGGCGCAGCCUUGAUUGAGUAUUUUGCAUGGCUCGAGGAUCAGCUCAUCAACAAGAAGGCUGUGUUGGACGAGGUACAGGCCGCUGAUAAAUUGGAGGAGUUGCGGUCCAAGCAUCAACACUUCGUCGGACUAUCAUUCCCAACUAUUUCAUCAACUGGUGCAAACGCGGCUGUUAUUCAUUACGGCCCCGAACGUGGAAAUUGCGCUACAAUUGACCCCAAGGCCAUAUACCUGUGUGAUUCAGGAGCGCAGUACUUGGACGGCACAACAGAUACGACAAGGACGCUGCACUUUGGAGAGCCUACGGAGGCCGAGAGAGAGGCUUACACACUGGUUCUAAAGGGUAACAUUGCCUUGGAUCUAGCUGUCUUCCCCAAGGGGACAACUGGGUUUGCCCUCGAUUCUCUAGCCAGGCAGCAUCUCUGGAGCACAGGAUUAGACUAUCGACAUGGCACCGGCCACGGUGUUGGGUCUUUCUUGAACGUCCACGAGGGUCCCAUCGGUAUUGGUACCCGAAUUCAAUACACUGAAGUUCCAUUGGCACCUGGAAAUGUUAUCUCCAACGAACCAGGAUACUAUGAGGAUGGCCGUUUCGGAAUUCGAAUCGAGAACAUCAUCAUGGUCAAGGAGGUUAAGACAAAGUAUGCCUUUGGUGAUAAGCCAUUCCUAGGUUUUGAGCAUGUGACCAUGGUCCCCUAUUGCAGGAACCUGAUAGAUGAGAGCUUGCUCACCGAUGCUGAGAAGGCAUGGUUGAAUGCAUCCAACGCCGAAAUAUUGGAGAAGACCAAGGGAUUCUUCGAGGGUGAUGCUCUUACAACAGCCUGGCUGACACGGGAAACCCAGCACAUUGCAUAGAUGUAGCCGCCUCAAAAUAGUCAAAGAAGAAGUGAAAAAAGAAAAAAACAAUGAAGAAAGAAUUUCCAUCUUAGAGGCGUACAAACGCUGCUAGGAUGAAGGUUAAGCUGAAAGAUGCUACGAACCAG